GAUGAUGAAGGUGGGAUGAAAUGCUUGGAGAGUUAGGGUCGGCGGCAGCGUUAUGUCAUGCUGCUUCCUGCCGCGUCUUGGGAGCUGAAUCUCGCAGCUUCCUUCUUGUCUCUAGGUGUGCGGUAGCUUCAUGCCGUCCUUCCCAGCUUCUCUACUCCGUAGACUCUUCCUCCUUCAUCCACCCGCCCACACCUCCAACGGUCAACGGUCAACCUCUAUCCUUGAUUCUUCCAUCCUCCGUCCUCUCCUCCACUCAUCGUCGAUUCGUCCCUUCUUCCCACCGGGCCACCCGUACCUGAUGAUCAGAUGUCGGCCUAGCAACGCGGGGUUGAGACAUUCUAGAAAGAAAGGCUGUCAUCCGGAAUCCGCGCCCACGAGACCUCUUCGUCGCCCUCCACCACGUACUUGGUCUCUUGGUCUCUUGGGCCAAUACAACCUCGAUGCCUCCCCCUCACGACCAGUUGACCACCCGGCGAUGUUGCAGCCAUCAGCUACGACAUAUCGGACACUACCACACAUCUCAUUCAGCUAUCAAUGCACCAUCUCUCGAACCGAUAUUUGACCUUCUUCUCCCCAAGCUUGCCGUUCAUGCCGUGCCGCUUCCACAGACCUUGCCUUUUGAUCGAUUCCCGUUUUCCGUGCAGAACAAGAGCCGAAAUCUGCGCUCCAGCAUCCCUGACCCCUGCUCCUUGAUCUUCGCCGCUGGACCGAGUUUGGGAUUUCCGACCGCCUGGUGCUCUUCGCUUGCGAGUUUCCUAAUCUCAACACUGCCCUAGACUCGAUCUGGUGGACGUGGCAUACCCAAGCAGAGACCUCUUGGGGUAUCACGAGGUCGGU